UUGCUACGGCAACGUCACACAACAUUCAUGCUGGUAGCAUCUCUCGGCGGUACACAAGCAAAUUCCUCCAAACUCCAGAGUUUCCAUCGAUGAAGCAGUUGUAAUCCAGAGAAAACACGGCCAUGACAAAGAAGUGUAUCUGCCAGAUCUGUACUUGUGGACGCCAUCGCUGUCCUCACGAAUCUUCCAACCCCAACAGAGUCAUUAACAAAAAACAAGAAGAGAAAUGUUCUGUAACUGAGUACACUGGCAACUACUUGUCUACAAGCCCACGACGUGGUCCAUUUAACCGACCAAGGGACCUUAUACAUUAUGAUGGUCCUCUCGAACAAAGGACCUCUCAUAAAAUGGACUUUGGGACCUAUGAUGUACGGCCCCCUAUGAAAAAGGAAACGGAAAAAUAUGUCCCCAAUCCAAACAAGUUUGACACUGUGUCUGAGAAUAAGGACCACUACAAAGGCUCUAGGGGUGUCCCUGCAAGGAUGCCUCCUUAUCUUAAAGGUCUUACUAUGAGAUUACCAUCUGCAAGGGUAGAAUAUAAAUCAACUUCACAUGGCGAUUAUAAAACUUGGAGGCCUGAACCUUUAGAGAGGAUGGGGCGGAGUAAUACAUAUAUGCCUCCUUCGGAGCCUUUCAAAGAAACUUCAAUCCACAGACAGGAUUAUCAUCGGUUCAACCAGCCGCCAAGGCCAACUGCCAGGCAACCGGAUAAGAUCAAAAUAGAAGGCGCACAGGAAACAAAAACUACCAGCUUGGCUCAUUUUACGCCCAAAGAUAUACCACCAAAAAUGGAACCAAAAAAAGAAGAGUACAACCCCCCUGAGGCACCAUUUGACAGUACCUCCAUCUUCAAGGCAGACUUCAAAGAUCUCCGUCACGCACCCAAAGCUAAAAUGUGUCGUCCAGUCAGCGAUUUAUUCGCCACUGAUCAAAUGAUGGCAAGUGUUACGACCAAAGACUCCGAUUACAAGGCUUGGGAAGUGAAGAUACCGAAACAGAAGUCUCCAGAGCUGUACAAAAAGCCCGAUGGAGAGGUAGAAUGUCGUACCACACACAUGGACUAUGGGAACUUUGGACGCAAAGCCUUGCCAGCCAAAAACGCACGUCCAAGAACCAAGCUGAAGUUUGGUCGUGAAGAUGUCCUAGAUGACACAACGAAUUAUGGGCUGAGCUUUAGAUGGGCUGCACAACCCAAAACUCUCUCGAAAGGUCCGGGUGUUAGUAACGACAUAUUCCCUACUGGCAACCGAGGUUUUAAUGAUACCUCGGAGUUUCUAGACCAGUACAAAAGGUUCAAUGUUGUUCCUUCCAAGAUGUACAAAGAUAACAGUAGGCUCUUCAAAACCAAUGAUCCAUUAUCAAGGAGCACGGUCUAUAACGGUGAAUAUGAUUGGCCAAAAGUUACGUGCCCUUCUGAUAAACUUAUGACUGGUAGUCUUAAGUUUGAUCAUGAGACAGAGACUGGACAUCGAGUGUUCGAGAUUCCUGCGAUUGAUGUAAAUGGGUCUUUUAAUCUUACCACAAACAAAGAUAGAUCCUUAGUCAUGAGCUGAAUGCAGUUGAAAAUGGUUAUAAUUAUGGCAGCGUAGGAGACUAUCUACAAGCUAGAUAGAUGGACUUUACUUUUUCAGAAGUGCGUCAAUUGCUUCAUAGAUGACAGACGAUCUCACAAUAAAAUGCUUUUGUUUAGUCAGAAAAAGCCUUGAGCCUAAAAAAAGCUAUCAGAUCAGUUGAUGUCCAGUUUUUCAGUCCGCGGUAACGUUUUUCAGAUUCCGAUAUCAAAUAGCUUAUCGUAAUAAAGCGACCCGAUCUACGACAAGGUUGGAAUCAUCCCAAAUCAAUGUAAAUAGAUAAUAUAUUAUUUGCGCAAGUAGGCAUCGUUGUGUUGCGCAUUUUAUGGAAUGCAAAGAAUAUAUAAAGGAAAAUAUAUCUUCACUAGACAAUGACACAAAUUUCAAUGUCAGUCCAGUAAAAUAGUUUCUCGCCUAUAAAAAGCUUUGUUUUCGAAGUGGACCUCUUUGGAUUGAGUGUAAUGUUUUACCAUUUUACCACGUCAUUCCUUGAGUAUUGUUUCUUUCUUUACUGGUAACCUUGAGACAACGAUUUUUUAUGAUGUAGUUAGAUUGAAGAAUCUUUCUCAAGUGAUGGGUACAUGGUUAGAAAUAGUAAAACGUUACUAAGGUUACGUACUAACCAGAGGUCCAUUAAAAAGAUAAUAUAAUACGAGAAUUUCAUUCAAGCUCUAAAUAAAAACACACUUUUUUACUAAAAUGUAUAUGAAUAGCUGUUAUUACAGUUGCGCCCGCAAUGAGGCCGAUACGAAGAUGGUUAUCUCAUUUGCAUCUGACUUGCAUGCAUCCAUAAUAACUGCCAUUGGAAAUCAUUUUCGUAAUUUAAAAAAAUUGCACUAUAAAACAAAUUUAAAGGUUGUUAACCCCGUGUAACGCACAUCACAGAAAAAAGUUGAUAUUAAAAAAGAUUCAUAUAAUAAAAUUCUAAAACAUU